AUGGAGGCCUUUUCAAGUGUCUCUGCUUACUGUCAACAUCUCAAAUCACUAUCGAAUCAACUCAAGAUCGUCGGCUUUCUGGUCGAUAACAGUAGGUUGGUUCUGCAAUUGGUGUCCGAUCUCACUGAACCCUACAAGGGAGUGGCCACACUCAUCCGUCAAAGUGAUCCCUUGCCUCAGUUUUAUCAAGCACGGUCGAUGCUUGUUCUCAAAGAAUCCGACCUCAAGAAGGCGGCUCAAACCUUGUCCUCCGCCAUGGUGGCUCGUGACUUGGAUGAAUCUCAAGAGAUGUCUGAUCAUUCAUCAGCACGCCGCACAAAUAAUGGUGGAAAACGGUAUUCAAACCGUGGCAAUUCUAGAAAGAAUCGCAACAACACUGGUGGUCGUGAUAACUCAGGCGCUGGCAAGGGAGGCUGUGGUGGCGGUGGCAGCAAUCGUGGGGGUGGACAACAGCAGCCCCAAAACAACCCCUGGCCUGCAAGACAACAAUGGCCUUGGCAAUGGAUGCAAUGGGUUGUUCCUCCUUGUCCGUACCCAACUGCUCCAUGGGCCAGGCCCAAUUAUCAGCAACCUUUGCACCAAUAG